CCGGACAACUUGAGUUACAAAUGUUUUGACAUGCACUCUGGAAAGCUUUUUUAUUCACGACAUGUUAUUUUCAAUGAAAACCAAUUUCCCUAUAAUACUCCUACUCUACAAAACUCUCUCUCAAGUUCCUCCACCCAUAGUUUUUCUAAUUCCUCCUUUCCUCAUGACUUCACUGCACAGCCAAUUCCCAUUGACAUUGCUUGCCACCGCCCGGCUGUUGAUCGCUCAUUGUUGCCUCCUUGUGCUGCGGUUCCCUAUCAUGAGGCAGUCCCCGUGUCCACCAAAUCAGUCGUUCCUCCCUCCCCUACCUCUUCGUCGGCUCCUACCUCCGCCCCUCGGUCUCCUACUCAAAGCCCCUGUCCACCCUCAACCCCCACCGUCACCCCCACCAUAGCUGAAUUGGACUCCUCCCCUCCUCUAUCCUCCACCCACGCCACUUCUGAUGCCCUCCCAGUACCGCCACCUCCCCCACCCCUGCGCACUCAUCCCAUGGUCACCCGUUCUCAAAACAACAUCUUUAAACCAAAAUCCUUCCAUCAUGCAACCAUGGCCUCCCCACUCCCUUCACCUGAACCCACUUGUGUGUCUCAAGCACUCAACGAUUUCCAUUGGAGACAGGCCAUGUCUGAGGAGUUCAAUGCGUUGAUUCGUCAAGGGACGUGGGAGCUGGUACCCUCUCACCCGAAUCAACAUGUUCUUGGCUGCAACAAUCCAGUUCUGCAUUCCCGGAUGAAGCACAUUGCAGUGGAUCUUCAUUUUGUGCGUGACUUGGUUGACAAAAAGGUUCUGCGCGUCUCCCACAUUGCUUCCACUGACCAACUUGCUGAUGGGUUCACUAAGCCUCUUCAUUCUACCAGAUUUACCUGUCUGCGGGACAAGAUUGGAGUUGCUGAUGGCACCUCCAUCUUGCGGGGGCGUGUUAAGGAAACCAAAUCUGUAUUAUAGCAGAUUUAUAUUCAGUUAAAGCUCACAUUCAUUCUCUGUAUAAAAUCCAAGAUUGUGAUUCACUUACCUUAUGUGGUAGGACUCCAACUGUAUAUAUACUCUUGAUAUAUUCUUGAAUAAACAAGUUCUUUUGAU